CCACCGCAACUUCCACACCCGGAAGUUACACGUGGCGGUGCUUUUGCGCAACUUCCGGCGGGUCUUCCUUGGGGAAAUCGACUGGGAAGUGCGGAGGAUCGCCAUCUGUUUCUGCCUGCGCUCCAUCCCCACUCCGCGACCCGGAGCUCUAGAUCAUGAGCGUGUUGAGCGGCCUGGCCUCCGAGCCGCGCACCCCGCUGUCCGGCAAGGCCAGGAUGAAAAGGCUCCCGAGGAAGAGCCAGAACGAGAAGUACCGGCUGAAGUACCUGCGGCUGCGCAGAGCUGCUAAGGCCACGGUGUUUGAAAAUGCUUCCAUCUGUGAUGAAAUUGCUCGUCUUGAGGAAAAAUUUCUUAAAGCAAAAGAAGAAAGAAGAUACUUGCUGAAGAAGCUCCUCCAAAUACAUGCCCUAAAUGAAGGGGAGCCACAGGCCGCCGCUCCUUCCCACAGCUCCAGUUUGCCCCUGCCUUAUGGUGCCACCAGCUCUGUGGGAACUAUGCAGGGAGCCGGGCCCAGCACUGGGGCCGAGGAACCAUUUGCGAAGAAAUCCAAGAAGGAGAAGAAAGAGAAGGGCAAAGAGAAUAGCAAACUGGAAGUUCUGAAGAAAACAUCCAAGAAAAAGAAAAUGGAGGGAGGUGCUCGCAAGCUGGUUCGGCCCAUUGCCCUGGAUCCUUCAGGACAGCCUGUGUUCCCCAUCGGACUAGGGGGUCUGACAGUAUACAGUCUGGGGGAGAUCAUCACCAACCGACCUGGCUUCCAUGAUGAGAAUGCCAUCUAUCCUGUGGGCUACUGCAGUACCCGAGUGUAUGCCAGCAUGAAGUGCCCAGACCAGAAGUGUCUGUAUACCUGUCAGAUCAAGGAUGGCGGUGUACAGCCUCAGUUUGAAAUCGUUCCUGAAGAUGACCCCCAGAAUACCAUCGUCGGCUCCUCUGCAGAUGCCUGUUAUGAAGAACUGCUCAGGACCAUCAGUGCCACAACGGGAAAACUGAUGCCUAACCCACUUUCAUGCGGUGCCGACUUCUUUGGGUUUUCUCAUCCAACCAUCCACAACCUGAUUCAGAGUUGUCCAGAAGCUCAAAACUGUGUCAAUUACCAGUGGGUGAAAUUUGAUGCGUGCAAACCCAGGAAGGGGCAGCUCUCUCAGGAACUGCCAGAGAAUGAUGCAGCUAUGAGCCUUGAAGCCUUUCAGACACAGGCGUUUGAUGACGACCAUGAUGAUUCCAUUCUGCCAGGCUCCCUGGACCUCCCUGAGCUUCAGCAUGAGGCCUUUGUGUCAUCUUACCAGCCAGAGUUCCUGACACACGAACCCUUGGUUGACACUGACCUGCAGCACCUGAAAUCUCCAUCCCAGUGUAGCCCAAUUCAGUCUUCAGAUUGAACAGGAAAGGGGUGGAGCCCACUGCCUUCACCUCACUAUGAGUUUUAAACUAAAACUCACUCUGUGGAAGAAGGCAGCAGCUGAGAAACAGGGAAGAUACACGUUUCAUCGUGGAUGUUCAUUCCUGUGCUAACAGUGUGCCCCAGGAUAAACCUCAGUUGCUUUUACUUUUACUAAUAAAUAUAUCUUGGCAGUUUCA